AUGUUAUUGACGGCAUUAGCCAAAGAUUAUGAAUUUGAUGAAAUUUAUUUCAAACCGCCCUAUUCGCAAGAACAAAACUCAUCACAAUUAUCAUACGAAAACUUAUAUACAUCCGAACCAAGUGCCACAAACAAUCAUUUAACCAUUAGAUACAUUUGGUUACUUGGAGAAUCGAUCGAUAACUCGACAUUUACAAUCAAUUACGUAUUCGUGAAUAUAACAUCCGAACCUUUAAUUGAAACACUACUUGUUGAUAAUACCCAAGAUCUUGCUGUUUUAAAUGAUGAUGAUCACAAAAAACAGCUGAAUAUUAUACGCACAUCAACAUUAACUAGUAAGGGUAAGUUUUCGAACGAACGUCUACGAGUAUUAGUCGCACCAUGGCACCACAAGACAACAAAAACCAUAUUAAAUAUGUUACGUUUCCAUGCAGCAAGCUUAUUGGUUCCACAGCGAUUUAGCAUGUUGUCCUAUUUUAAUACGGAAGGAAUCCUACCAAGGAGAAAUCGUAGAAGCUCUGCAAAGACUUCUGACGAGACUUCAAACUCAGACAAAAGUUUAUCUCGCUCACUUUCAGAUGUCCUAGGUGUGGCUAAGCAGGUUCUCGACAUGCUGAAGUCAAGCUCAUCGCACACCAUUAAAAAAGUGACUCAAUAUGGUUUCGAUUAUUUUCGUCAAAGAUCAACGGUUUUGAAGGUACUCGACAUACCAAAUCGUCUCCUACGUAAAUUUGUCAAAGCAGUUGUUUUGGAUUACAAUUUAUCAAACCGACAUCUUUUACAGUUCGCCCUCAAACAUUCGUCUAAUAGUGUUUGGCAACCAAUUACGUUUCUUCACGACCCGAAUAGCAAUGGACAAUAUACUUUCCAGCUAUUCUUGAAAAGUAGUAACAGUAUCAAAAAAACAACUUCUUUUGUCAUUGUAGAUAUUGAUGCUAAUUGGAAAUUGGCUCCCGAUCUUGAGGUGAUUACUGAAAAGUUCAGCAUAUUAGGAGGUCUGUGGUCCAGCACGUAUGAAUCAAUACAAAAAAUACCGCAUGCGAUAACUCUUGAAGAAGCUACCCAAUUACAACAAUUUUUUUUGGUGGUCGCUCUUGGAAAGUUAGCGGAUUCUUUAGGUAUCGAUAAUCGAAUUUCAUAAUUAAAACAGUAAUCCAAUAACACUAUUGUUGCUGAGAACCUUUCUGCAUAACUAUUACUCCGGAUCAAUCUUUUCGCUUUUUUUCAAAAUAUUUGAUUGAAUAAAACUAUAAUAAUCGCUAUUUCUCGCAAGUCUUAUGCACAAAUAUUCGUCAAGAACAUAUUUUAUCUCGCAUUGAAUAUUGUGGCACCUAAAUGAUCGUAUAUUGAGAGUGACGAUGAAGCAAAAAAGUUUGACAGUGUAAGAAUCUAUGAAAAAAACUCGAAGCCGAGUCCUUGAAUUUUUGUCGCCUUUGAAUCAAAGAUACAGAUGUCCAGGUGAUUAAAUUCGAUAGUUGAAUCCUAUCGGAUUCAAUACAGAACUGAUUGGCGCCCUCUUGGAACUCUCCCGAAAUCCACGAUCAGGUAUCCAGAUCUAAGAGGGUGUGGAUGUGGAUGUGAGUUUUCUUUUCACAAGCACCCACAUCCACACGUCCACACUCAAGGCGACGUCGUACUGCCACAGCCACAGCUGCCGCCACGACCACCGCCAUCGCUGUAACGAAUUAUUUUAAUAUACAUGGAUGUUAUAAUGAUGGACAGUUAAUUUGUUACUGCUGCAGCCUUUAUUUUAUUUGUGAUCACAAAGAGAAACUGGAAGGGUAGCGUUACCGCUAUCCUCGGUGUACAUGAUGUUAACGUUCUACACUUUUCCAGUUCUACAAUCGUUCCAGUUCUACUGUACAACACAAAGCACACGCUUUAUAUACGCGCACACAAGAGAGAGAUGAGAACAGAAAAAGAUAUGAUAGGCAUAUCCGCAUUGCACUGAUUAUGUUUAAAGACGUCAUCAUGUUGCGCAAAGAUAUAUGGAUAACCUUUAGAAGAAGACCAGAUAGAUUGACGAUAGUCGUAGGUUAUACAACAGUCAUUGAGAAUGAAAUAUUGCAUAACACUCAUUAAAAGUAUUCCUCCUUUCUGUACGACAGACCCAGAGGAUAAUCAAAAGAAAAAUGGAAAUGUAGAUAUGUGAACAAUAACGGAUGUCCAUGCAUUAUUGGCACAAUCGCCACAGUGACAGCUACACUCUCACCCUCACCCAAACCCACACCCACACCCACACACCCACACCCACACACCCAUACCCACUCCCAUACCCACACCCACACCCACACCCACACCCACCC